UAUAAAGUGUACGGGUAUUCGGAAAUGAUCAUAAACAAUAAUAUCAGUUCAAUUAUAAACUAUUAGAAGAUUAUUUUGGUCCAAGAAUUUGGAUUUGGGUUUCCCUUUCUUCUUUUGCAAGAUUCUUUAAGAUUUUCAUAAUAAUGGAAUGUGAUUUAAAACAAUGAGCUAACUAGAGUAUAUGACAGAAUUUUUAGGAAAGCUACUUUUAAAGCUCAUAGGUAGUUUAGAACGUGAGAAAAAAAUUGAAAAGUGAUUCUCUGAGAAUUACUUUGUCCUCCCAAAAUCAAUCCCAGACAAACACUUUGGCCCUUCACUUUAUUGAUACUUAACCAGUGAGAAAGAUCCACCAUUAGAUACUUAACCAUUUUUCUAAGAAAUUGAUUUCAUGUGUUUCACUCAAAAUCACUUUCUUCUAAAACUCAUUCUUUAAAAGGUGGUUAUUUUUUUUCCCAAGAGUAAACUCUUGAAAGGUCAAUCCAAAUACAUUGAAAUGAUGAUUUCGAUUAUACUAUAUAUCUCUGGACUUUGGGAUAGUUUUCAAUUUGGAUCUAAUUUUGUCUUGUAAGGUUCGGCCACUAAACCACAACUAAUUAAUCGAUUGAAUCUAGUUAAAAAAAAUUUAGUAAGUGUUUUGACUUCUAGUUCAUGUAAAUUACGCGGUUUGAUGGAUUAUAUAUUGUGCAAAAGGGGAAGAGUUUUACACACAAGUGUUGACGCCAUUACUAGCUAUAGCUAGACUCCAAAAAAGUCCAUUUUUCUCCACCUUCAGAUCUCAGAAAACAGUUCCAUGGCUGAAGGAAUUCUGUUCAAUCUUGCUGGGGAGAUCAUUAAGAAACUAAGCUCUCUAGCUUUUCAACAACUUGGAAUGCUAUGGGGAGUCAACGAUGAUCUUACCAAACUCACCAGCUCUGUUUCAGCCAUCAAGGCUGUACUUCUUGAUGCCGAAGAACGUCAAACUGGAAGUAAUUCUCUACAGGAUUGGCUCGGAAAACUGAAAGAAGCUCUUUAUGAUGCGGAAGAUGUACUUGAUGAAAUCUCUUAUGAGGCUCUACAUCGAGAAGUGAUGACUGCAGGAAAAAAAGCCAAGCAAGUAAGGAUCUUCUUCUCUAAAUCUAAUCCAGUUGCAUUCAAUUAUAAAAUGGCACGUCAAAUAAAGAAUGUUAGAGAGAGGUUAGGAGUCAUUGCUGCUGAAAGAAAAGAAUUUCAUUUCGCUGAAAUGUUUGGACAAAAGUUUCAGUAUCCUCUGUUUGAUCAAAUUCAUAUUGGGGCAGAGACUCGCUCUAAAUCAAAUAAUGAAGAGGUGAUUGGAAGGGAUGGUCAUAAGAGAGUAAUAAAAGACCUUUUACAAGAUAUGAAAGUCAAACACAAUAUUUCAUUCAUAGCAAUAGUUGGAAUGGGUGGAAUAGGCAAGACAACGCUAGCUAGAUCCCUCUUCAAUGAUGCACAGGUAUCCAAAUAUUUUGAUCUAAAAAUUUGGGUUUGGGUUUCUCAAAAUUUUGAAGUAAAAAUAGUAAUGGAAAAAAUUAUAGAAUCCAUAACUGAGAGUCGUCCUAAUGUACAAGGGAUGGAAUCUUUACAAAACCAGCUUCAAAAAAUGAUCCAAGGAAAGAAAUACUUGUUGGUUAUGGAUGAUAUAUGGAAUGAAAGUGAACAAAAAUGGUUUGAUUUGAAAAACUUGUUAAUGGGUGGUGCGAGAGGGAGUAAGAUUAUGAUCACAAAGCGUGACAGUACACUAGCAGUAGAGAUCUCAAACAUGACCAAUUUGAUCACUCUAAAGGGCCUAUCCGAGUGUAAUUCUUGGUCAUUGUUGAAAAGAGUGGCAUUUAUGGAUGGUAUAGAGCCUACAAAUCCGAAAUUCAUAAAAGUAGGAAAAGAAAUUGUAGUGAAAUGUGGAGGCGUUCCUCUUAUAAUAAGGCAUAUAGGACGUUUGCUAUACAACAACACAUCAGAAGAAGAGUGGACAUCCUUCAAGAACAACCAACUUUCACGAGUCAUCCAACAUGAUCAAAAUAUGAUACCCAUAUUAAGAUUGAGCUACAACUACCUUCCACCAAAUUUGAAGCGAUGUUUUGCUUAUUCAUCCCUGUUACUUAAACAUUGGCCCAUCCAUAAAGAUGAAUUGAUCCAACAAUGGAUGGCUCAAGGUUUCAUCCAGGCAUCUAAUUGCGGUAAAUCCAUGGAAGAUAUAGGAAAUGACUAUUUCAUGGAAUUAUGUUGGAGGUUUUUUUUUGAACAUUCAGGCAGAGUCUCGGAUUCUUAUAUUUUUGUGCAUGAUGUGAUGCACGAUCUUGCAAAGACGGUAGCAGGAAAUGAAUAUGUAUGUAUAAGUUCAAAAAAUAAUUAUGACAAUGUUAGUGAAAAAACUCGUCAUGUUUCAUUUGAUCAUAAAAUAAAAUCAUGGUGGGAUGAUCUACCUACAUUGUGCAAGGGUGAAGGAUUAAGGACGUUUCUUCCAUCAUAUUAUCCUUAUAAGGCGGUGGUUGAAGUCAAUAAAGUUUCUUUGAAUGCACUGUUUUCUAGUUUUCCACGUUUGCGAGUAUUAUGUCUAGGAGACUCAGAGAUUAAAAUAGUGCCAAAGUCUAUUGAAAAGCUUAGGCAACUUCGAUAUCUAGAUCUUUCUGGGAAUGAGAAUAUGGUAUCACUCCCAAAUUCUAUUUCUAAGUUGCAACAUUUGGAAACACUCAAUCUAAAGAGGUGCUUUGCACUAAGAGAAUUGCCAAGAGGAACUUGCAAUCUUGUAAAUCUAAGGCAUCUUUACCUACCUCUUUGUCUAACCUAUAUGCCGGAAGGAAUGGGGAAGUUGACUUGCCUACAAACAUUGAGUUUCUUCGUAUUAGACAACAACAGGGAGGAUACACGUAGCAGCAAGUUAAGUGAAUUGAAUGGGCUGAAGGAUUUAAGAGGGUGUUUAACUAUUGAUGGUUUAGAUCAACUGAGAUCUAAUCCAAAAGAAGCCAGCAGCGCAAACCUAAAAGAUAAAAAAGGUUUGCAAAAUCUCCAACUGACAUGGAACCUGAGCAAAGAUGUAAAGUACAAAGCUGAUGAAGCUGGUGGUUGUAGUGAUGUAAAAGUAAUGGAAGGUCUAGAGCCACAACAAAAUGUUGAAUAUUUGAGCAUUCAUGGAUAUAGUGGAGCAAGAUUACCGGAUUGGAUGUCUAGACCACUCUUGAAGUUAACUAGUAUCCGGAUCCAAGAAUGCCAUAGAUUGCAACAUUUGACUCAGUUGAACUAUCUUCCUAGUCUCAGAGAAGUAAUUUUGAGAAGCAUAAUACCUGUUAAGUUCAUAGACAAGAAUGAUCCCUGCCCUUCAUCAGUGUUUUUUCCAUCUCUCAAGACUCUGUGUUUAGAAAAUAUGCCAAACUUGAAAGGAUGGUGGGAAAAGGAAUCAACAGCUGGGUUGCGUCCAGCUUUUCCAUGCCUUACUACGCUAUCAAUCUCCAACUGUCCCAAGCUAGCUUCCAUUCCAGAACACCCAUGUUUAGAAAAUCUCAAGUUAGACGAUGUUGGUCUUCAGAUGAUGAGUAGCAUAGGAACCAGCUUAGACGCCUCUCAAUCAUCAUCAUCAUCUUCCAGUUUGAAGAGUCUAAACCUCAAAAGAAUCGGAGAUCUCGAAAAUCUACCCUGCAAAUUACGGCAAAAGCUAACUUCUUUGGAGUAUCUGCAUAUGGAAGAAUGCCACAAUUUGGAGAAGUCGCUGUGUGACGAUCAUGAAGCCACACAAUGGAAUUUACUCCAUAAUCUCCGGGUGUUGUGGCUUUGGGAACUUCGAAAACUGGUCUCGCUCCCAAUUGAAGCUCGCCAUUGGACUUCCCUUCGAUAUCUAAUCAUAAGUAAAUGCCCAAAUUUGAGAAGCUUACCAGAAUGGAUCGGUUGCCUGGUUUCACUUCAUUUACUGUAUAUUAUCGACUGCCCUGAAUUGAAGUCGCUCCCAGAGGAGAUGCGGCAACUCAAAUCUUUGAUAGCCGGCUGCCCAGAUUUAGAAGAAAGAUGCAAAGAGGGAGGUGAGGAUUGGCCUAAAAUUUCACACGUCCCCCAUUUUUCCAAGUAUUUUUACUAUUUCGAGAGGGGCCAAGACCAAGACCACGGCACUGCUAACACUGCCCACGCUUCUUCAUCUUCAGACAUGACCUUAUUUAUCCAUAUACGUCCAUAAGUAUCCACAUCCACAUCGAUAUUCAACAUAUAUAAGGGGUAGAAGCAAAGAAUGAAAAAUGGAGAAAAAUGAAACUGUUAGUCACCAACAUGUUCCUGGUAAAACGGUCCCAGAGGCGAUUAGGAGUCAUUCUGAGAAAUUUGGGCAAAAAAGGAUAAAAAAAAAUGACCAAGAAAGUCAACAAAAUUGAAGAGAAUCAGAUAAAUUACCAAAAUUUCAUCAAGCUUCAGCGUCAUGACCAUAGAAGAAUCGUCGGCUUGAAGAUAGAAAGCUCAUUUUUACUGCAGAACAGGCCAGCGUUGCAACGCUCCAGAAUUUGAUGCGACUGAUCCACACACGCGCCACGGCAGUGCAAUAUCAUGGCCAAUGUCACGCCUCAAGUGCAACGCUUCUUGGCUUUUUUGGGAUUUAGCAUUGCGAUGUUGAGCACCCUACAAGUAUAAAUAGCUUUCUUUCAUUUUUGCAAAGAAGAAAGCACGAUUUCGGUAGAAGCUGGAAUUUCUCUUUGUAUCAAUUAGUCUCUAUGGUAAUUUUGUUUCCUACUUAGGUUAGAUUUUGAUUUCUUU